AUGCCGGACAGACUAGAUCACGACCCCAGCAAAGACAUAUGCCCAGACUUCUCACACGACAGACAUCUGCGCUAUAGACAGUUCCUCAUCGCAGACGAAACCCUCCCUGACAUCACUAACGAUGAACAAGCAAUAGAACACAUGCAGAAUGACUGGAGAACUGAAAUCGAGGAACAUGUGGCUCAAUGGAAUCAACAAGUAGAGGAGGAUAGGGUUUUGGAACAUCAGAGGCAACAGCAAGAAGAGGAAACAACAAGAUUGCGAGAAGAGGAGGAAAGAGAGCAACGAGAGGAAAGCUUGAAAGAGAAGGAGAAGAAGAGAGAAACCUUGCACCCUUUUGUACCCGGUCAGUCGAUGAACAAACGACCGGAAAGACUUCAACCUUUUGCACAAGACAAGAUGGAGAAAUGA